GCACCUGGGAAAAGGAACGAAAAUCUGCGGAUUCAACAUCGAGACGAUACACAUUCUCACCCCGCAUUCCCCCCUUUUUUAGUAUUAUUCUUGCUAAACUAAAUACAAAGCUAGAAUGCUCCUAUAUAUUCACAUAUUGUGGCACAAGAAGUGAAGCAGCGGCGCAAGGGCCCUAACAAAGAGUCCCAGACUUACCUAAGCCUCCGAAAUUACUCUUUCUUCUCCGUUCUUUCUCUUCGUGCCCGGACAUAUAAACUACUCGUGGUACUCGCAUUUAUUGUGACUUAAUUUUCUAUUUUAUAUACCUAUUACCUCUUUUUGAGAUGGAACGAAACGGUACAUUCGGAAUAGUAUCGGAUGGCGGACAAGACUCUGCCGAGUCGAGCGGAAAGCCGACCGUUUGUUUCUUAGGUCCUGUCUCGUCUUAUACGCAUCAGGCCACAUUAAAUACCUUUUCAGAGGGCAAAUUCGACUUACUGCCGGUUGAGACAAUCAAAGACAUCUUCGACACAACCCAAUCCGGCCGCGCAGCCCUCGGCGUAGUCCCCUUCGAGAACUCAACCAACGGAUCCGUGGUCUUCACGCUCGACCAAUUCGCCGACCGCGCGGGCGAGUAUCCGAAUUUAUCUGUAUGCGUUGAGAUAUACCUCGAUGUGCACCAUUGCCUGUUAGGCCAUAUCUCCCCCUCCCAAACCCAAUCUCAGGAGGAAGGAAAAGUGCAGGAUUUAAAACAUGUAAAACGCAUAUACAGCCACCCGCAAGCCUUCGGCCAGUGCACCAAGUUCCUCCGCCAGUACCUCAAAGGUAUCGAGACGGUAGACGUAAGCUCCACCAGCCGCGCCGCUGAACUUGCGGCUGCGGAUGAGACGGGUGAGAGUGCGGCGAUUUCUAGUAUCGAAGCUGCGAAGCGACGGGGUCUUGAUGUGCUCGCGAAGAAUAUCGAGGAUAGAGCGGACAAUACGACGCGGUUCUUCGUGCUUACGCGGAACCCUUCUCUCUCAUCGGUGAAGGGUUUGGAAGAUGUUAUAAACGCGAGAAGACCACAACAACCAAAUGGAGAAGGAGGGGACGGGGAAAAUGGCGAUAUAUACGCCCACACUAAAUCCCUAGCAUCCUUCACCGUACCCCAUCGAUCACCUGGUGCGCUAGCAGAUGUACUAGAGUGCUUCCGUCGCGCGAGGUUGAAUUUGACCAGUAUCAACAGUCGCCCGAGUUUAAUCGCGCCGUUCCAAUAUGUGUUCUUUGUCGAGUUUGAGGGACAUAGGGAUCGUGAUCCGGAGAGCCGUGUGCGGGAUGCGCUUAAGAGUGUGGCGGGGGUUGCGGAGAGUUGUCGCUGGUUGGGGAGUUGGGAUAGUAUGCGGUAGAGGUGUCUGGAAUCAGGGUUUAGUGAGAAAAUGGAAUUGCGGAGAUGGGAAUAUAAGGGAGAGAGAUCAUUGAAAGGGGUAGGAAAAGAGUGCAUUCAAAAAUGGGAAGGGUCGUUAAAAUUCACCACUGGGCCCUUUAUUGCAUUUGAUACUGGUCAAUUAUUUAAAAGCCUUACAUCUAAUUGCUACAAACUUGGUAUGCUGAACCUUUUAGCAUAUCUUAAUGUUAUAUCAAGGCACGGUUUGUCCUCUCUAACGAUAGGUGACUAAAAAUUACGAGAUGUUUAACUGCGUA